GGAGGUGCUGGACACCUUCUGGACCAAGACCGACACACAGGGCGUUCCCCUGAUUGAUCGUGCCAGGAUGGAGGAGAUCUGGAGGACGCAGCGCCAACAUCUGGACUGCAUCCAGGACCCCGCGGGAGUGGCACUCUACACUCAGACGGGCGAGAUCACCAAAGGUGGGGUGAAGCUCCCUGUCUACCGGUGCGCCAGGGGGUCCACAUCCCUGCAAUCGUUUCACCUGCACCUGUGGCGCUUUAUCCCAGGCACCUCUGCCAGCGACGUGCACUUCCAAGUGUACCUUCUGGAGGGCCUGGCGCGAUGGAACGAGGACAGGGGCAGAGCCUCCGUCAAGGAAGCCAACAUGUCAGCUGUGCGGUGCUCCAACGCCCAGCUGGUGGACAGUUUCAGCCACGAUACCCAGAUGUUCUUGGGCAAGACUCUGGUCGAGACCUACACCGUGCCCAGGGAGUACACAGGAGAGCUCAUCGGGGUGGAGUACCUGUACUCACAAACAGGGGCCGUGCUGCAGCAAGAUCUAGGAGACCCUGACGAAGAGGAGUCCUCUGAGGGUUUCGAGCAGGACGGUGAGGAGGGACUGGACGACAACGAUGAGGAGGAGCAGCCGGAGGAGAUCCGCCUGUUAAAAUACCACCACGCGUUCCUCCUCCAAGAGCGUGAGAAGGCCAACACUGAGAUGGAGCAGCAGCUGCAGGAGGAGGGGGAGGAGCAGGAGGAGGAGGAGAUCGUAGUCGGUCCGGACGGCCUCCCAGGUUACCAUCACGUCGUGGCGCUGGCUCUUGCCCUCGCCGAGCUCAGGCACCGGCCCUUUGUGUCCCAGAGGCAGGCCAACGACAUCAUUGCCCUGUGGCAGCGCUUGCCUGACAGGGACAAGCAGACGGUGUCCUUCCUGCCGCGUCAUCGGGACAGUACCGUCCCUGGUAAGGGGGCGGGAGCGGCGCAGUCUCCCAAGGUGAGCAGGUUAGUGGAGGCCCUCUUGCUGCAGCUGUGCCGGGCCCGAGAAGAUGAGGGCACAACGAUCGCUGGGGUCCGCGUUCAUCGUUGGGGCGGCGUUAUUAGGGAUUACAAAAUGAUCCGUGAAAAUGUAGUGACCUGUCACACCUUGAUGGCAAACACUCAUAUCGCCCUGUAUGAGGUGAACCAGCGGACCGUGUCAUCCUGGUACAAUGAACGCUCCAAGGCCGCAGCGAGGGAGACGCUGCAAUCAAGUGUAACAUCCCCCAGUGCCCCAAAGACAUCCGAGUCCCUUCCCACUGCCCAGAAUCUGCUGCCUGAGGCCGUACAGCCGGACCGGCCCAUGCAACACAACCUGUCCGCUGACGAGUCUGGUCUGGCAGUGACCUCCGUCGAGCGUGCCGGAACGUCGUUUUCCUCAGUUGACACCCUCUCAGCCGCCCCCGCCACCACCAGCCCCUCGUCCUCCGCCGCCGGUCCCUCCACCUCCUCCAGCUCGCACCCCGCCAGAACAGUCUCCCGUACGACGCUGUGGAGGUGGAAAGUACAACAGGAGAGAGCCCGAGUGGCCCAGGAAAAGGACAGUUCCGCGACCCCCAAGAAGGUCAGGCGUGUGUUCAACUGUAGCUACUGUGGCCAGCCAAAGACACGUAUGACUGGCCACAGCAGAUACAAGAAGGUGUCUUUCUGCUCCCAGUCUGAUGGCCGAACAGUGGAACAGUGGCACGCUGACAUGGUGCGUGAGGAGGAGGAGGCCUCUGCCCAGAACCGUCCUUCUACAAGUGGCACCUAAACAUGUGCAAGAGGCACUCACAACACACCUGGGUGCUUGUAAAUAGCUGUUGAAGUUUGUG